CUAUUUUUAAAGUUAUUCUAAAAUAUUUUAAAAAAGUUUGAACAACAUGAAAACUAGGAUAUGUCAUUACAUUAAUGUGUACGCAAAUAAUGAAAUAAACGAGGGGUAAUCUCGUCAACAAGGCCCUAUAUAACCCAAUACACACACAUAUGCACAUAACUUCUUAACCUACUACACACCUUAACUAACCAAAAAGAAAAAGAAGAAGAAGAUGAUAACGGGAGGCGAAUUCUACAAAGUAAUGUGUGCAAUGGCACCACUCUACUUCGCCAUGUUCGUAGCCUAUGGAUCGGUAAAAUGGUGGAAGAUAUUCACGGCGGAGCAAUGCUCCGGAAUCAACCGUUUUGUCUCCGUAUUCGCCGUCCCGAUCCUCUCUUUCCACUUCAUCUCACAAAACAACCCUUACAAAAUGGACACUAUGUUCAUCAUCGCCGACACUUUGUCCAAACUCAUGGUCUUCGUUUUGCUCUCUCUAUGGGCCGUUCUCUUCAAGUCCGGUGGUCUUGACUGGCUCAUCACUCUCUUCUCAAUCGCCACUCUCCCUAACACUCUCGUUAUGGGCAUCCCUUUGCUUCAAGCCAUGUAUGGAGAUUACACUCAAAACCUCAUGGUCCAACUAGUUGUGCUUCAAUGCAUCAUUUGGUAUACUUUACUACUCUUCCUCUUCGAACUCCGAGCAGCGAGGUUGCUUAUCCGAACAGAGUUUCCGGGUCAGGCCGCCGGGUCAAUCGCCAAGAUCCAAGUCGACGAUGACGUCAUCUCCUUAGACGGCAUGGAUGCGCUCCGUACGGAAACUGAAACCGAUAUCAACGGUCGGAUCAGGCUGAGGAUCCGGCGGUCCAUAUCAUCCGUACCUGAUUCCGUUCUCUCCUCCUCCUUGUGCUUAACUCCUCGAGCCUCUAAUCUUUCCAACGCCGAGAUUUUCUCCGUCAACACUCCUAACCGUUUCUUUAACGGCGGUGGAAGCGGUACGCUUCAGUUUUAUAACGGUAGUAACGAGAUCGUGUUUUGUAACGGAGAUUUAGGUGGGUUCGGGUUUACCCGACCCGGAUGUGGUGUAAGCCCGAGGAGGCUAUCGGGUUAUGCUUCUUCCGAUGCUUACUCGUUGCAGCCGACGCCACGUGCCUCAAACUUCAACGAGCUUGACCUUAACGGAACCGGUACGCCGGUUUGGAUGAAAUCUCCUGUCGCCGGGAGAAUAUUCCGGCAUACUUCGUCGCCGAAGAUGAUGUGGGAGUCUGGGCAGAGGCAUGUAGCCAAGGAUACUAUGAAUGUACCAGAAAAGGAGAUCAGCUUCAGAGACGCACUUAAAAUGGCACCACCGUCUACGGCCGCCGGUGGUGAUGCUUCCAUGGAAGAAGGAGCUGCCGGAAAAGACACAGCUCCGGUGGCUGCUAUUGGCAGGCAAGAAAUGCCAAGUGCCGCUGUGAUGGUACGGCUCAUACUAACUGUCGUGGGACGCAAGCUUUCUCGAAACCCUAACACCUAUUCUAGCGUCUUAGGUCUUAUCUGGUCACUUAUAUCCUUCAGAUGGCAUAUAGCUCUGCCAAGUAUAGUGGCGCUUUCAAUAAAGAUAAUAUCAGACGCAGGUCUUGGAAUGGCCAUGUUUAGUUUAGGUCUAUUCAUGGCGUUGCAGCCAAAGAUGAUCGCUUGUGGGGCGAAGAAAGCAACAAUGGGGAUGUUGAUUAGGUUCAUCUCAGGUCCCCUUUUCAUGGCUGCUGCUUCGAUUCUUGUGGGAUUGAAAGGCUCUAGGUUACAUGCUGCCAUCGUGCAGGCGGCUCUACCGCAAGGAAUAGUACCGUUUGUGUUUGCGAGGGAAUAUGGUUUGCAUCCAGACUUACUCAGUACAUUGGUUAUCUUUGCGGCUGUGGCAUGGGAAGCCGGAAAGCCACUGGUGAUGGAGGAAGUAGAGGUUGCUCCGCCGCAAAAACACGAAGUUCGUAUCAAGAUCCUCUUCACUUCCCUCUGUCACACCGAUGUUUACUUCUGGGAAGCUAAGGGACAAACGCCGUUGUUUCCCCGUAUCUUCGGCCAUGAAGCUGGAGGGAUUGUUGAGAGUGUUGGAGAAGGAGUGACUGAUCUUCAACCAGGUGACCAUGUCUUGCCCAUCUUCACCGGAGAGUGUGGAGAUUGCCGUCACUGCCACUCGGAGGAAUCAAACAUGUGUGAUCUCCUCAGGAUCAACACCGAGAGAGGCGGCAUGAUUCACGACGGCGAAUCGAGAUUCUCCAUCAACGGCAAACCGAUUUACCAUUUCCUUGGGACAUCCACGUUCAGUGAGUACACUGUGGUUCACUCCGGUCAAGUCGCUAAGAUCAACCCGGAGGCUCCUCUUGACAAAGUCUGCAUCGUGAGCUGUGGUUUAUCCACUGGGCUAGGAGCCACUUUGAAUGUGGCUAAACCCAAGAAAGGCCAAAGUGUUGCCAUCUUCGGUCUCGGUGCCGUUGGUUUAGCCGCUGCGGAAGGUGCUAGAAUCGCUGGUGCUGGUAGGGUCAUUGGUGUUGAUCUCAACCCAAAGAGAUUCGAGGAAGCUAAGAAAUUCGGUGUGACCGAGUUUGUGAACCCUAGAGAGCAUGACAAACCGGUUCAGCAAGUCAUCGCUGAGAUGACAGACGGUGGUGUGGACCGGAGUGUGGAGUGCACUGGAAGCAUUCAGGCCAUGAUUCAAGCUUUCGAAUGUGUUCAUGAUGGUUGGGGUGUUGCGGUUCUGGUCGGUGUGCCGAGCAAAGACGAUGCCUUCAAGACCCAUCCGAUGAAUUUGCUGAAUGAGAGGACACUCAAAGGUACUUUCUUUGGGAACUACAAACCCAAAACUGAUAUUCCCGGGGUCGUCGAGAAGUACAUGAACAAGGAGCUGGAGCUUGAGAAGUUCAUCACUCACACAGUGCCCUUCUCGGAGAUCAACAAGGCCUUUGAUUACAUGCUGAAGGGAGAGAGUAUCCGCUGCAUCAUCACCAUGGGUGCUUAAAUCCAUUCUCGCACCAAUGAUGUGUUUUAGUUGCUCUUAUGCAUUCACAGCAAUAAAUGAAAAGACAUGUCCAAUUGAUUUUGGUUUUAUGCUCUGUUUUUAAGUUAGUUGUUUUCGUGUCUUUUAUCUAUUAUCUUAUCGUUGUACUGAGCUGUUAAUGUUAAUAAUAUAAACUAGAGAUAUUCCAUUUGCCUAUAUUGUGCUUUUAACAUUCAGAAUGCAAACGGACUAACCGUAGUGACUCGAAAGCCGUUUCGAGUCGCCAUUCUCGUUGCUUCUUGCUCAAAGGUCUGCCUUUGCCUGCCUUUUCUCGGUUCACUCUAAUAUCUGCUAUCCCCCAAACGCAGCUUUUGGCUUCCACAUCGAACGAAACCAGCCUGAAAAUGCCAUCACCUUCGGUCUCAGCUUCCUCGUUAGCGUACCGCACGUACAUCGGUCUGUCCUUAUACCGGUCAAGAUCCUGCGGAAUCCUUACGACCCUUUCAACGCCAGGAGAUGAAACCUGUGCACAAGAGAGAUAUUCUCCGGUAUGGACUUGGCGAGUUCAGCUUCAGCCAGUUUUGCUCUGUAGAUUGUUGAAUAUGCUUCAAUGUCUUCCAUUGUAGGGGAACCGAACUUGUUUGUGAGCCUCUCGAUCCGAACUUGUAUGGUGGAAUUGGGUAGAGUCUUGAAAGCAUAUAUGCCUAAAUCACCAUUAAAGGACUCACAGACUUUCUCAGCUAAUGCCAAUGCUUCUUUGUCCCACAAUGUUCCAGCAAGCUUAAAUCCUCCUCCACCACCUCCAUCUCCCGCCUUACAGUUCUUCCUCGCUCUCAUUGAAUUCAUCAUCCUCGAGAUAAAAUCCAUCAUCUUCGUCUUCAGCAUCCGUUAGUAGCUCGUCUAGAACAUCUUCGAGAAGAACUUGCUCUUCUCCUUCUUCUUCAUCUUCUUCUUCAAAGAGUAAUUCUUUGAGUUUAUUCGGUUUCGGUUCAACGGUACUCGUUCGCUUCUUAGUCUUCUUUGCGUGUGUCUCGAAGGAAAAUUUCGAAACCCGACGAAACUGCGUCGCCGGAAAUCCAAAACGUAGAUUCGGCGGCGAACGAAAACGAUUGACGGCGGAAAGACGUAUGUCAAGAGCAGGGCAUUUUAAAAUCCCGCCGCGACAGGACUGAUGCGGUCGGAAACAACAAAUCAAAUCCAUCUUCUCCUGCCAGUUAUUCUCGAAGAAGAAGAAGAGACUGGCCUCUGGAUUUCAACUAAGAUCAAUUUAUCGGUUCGGUUCAUCAGGUCCGGUUUAAAGAGGGUAAAUUAAACUGGUUUACUUUUUAUGUGAAAUAAAUUAAACAACAUUUUGUGGGAGCGUGAAUUUGAGUUCGUAACCCGAUUGAACUCUAACCGGAGUUACAAUGACCAUAAAAAAUCACAGGAAAGGUUUGGCGGCGGCUUUACGCGGCGGCGAUGAAGCGGUGGUGGAAGAAUUACCAGUCGUGUUCGUCUCACCCCAAUGCCGAAGCAUACUCUCCCAGAAACAGAACUUUUCGAAGCAAGUCUUCAGUCUCUUAUCUCUGAUCUUAAUCUCCCAGUGCCCAUCUCUGUAAUUCCCUUUCUCCGCUUGUCUCCGAUCCCACUCAAGCUGCGCCUUCUGCUUCGAUCUCAGUAGACAGAACCUCUGCAAUUUCUCAGGCAUCGCGUCGUGCACUCUCCACCACGUUCCGUGAGCUGCGUCGCUCGCGAAUUGCUGGUAACUUUCGACAUUCCAGUUGCAAUCGUAGUCCCUCUGUCUUGUCUCCUUCCCAGAAAUGCUUCAAGAAAUUCAUGUGUUUCGGAAUCCGAUGCCACCAUGUGAAUAUCUCGUUGAGGUAACCUUGGUCUCCUCCGUUGUAAGACACAACUUCGUCGAUGUGGUCCAUUAGCAACUGGAACGUGGAAUCAGAUGGCUCGACCACCAUUAGACCGGAGUUGAAGAGCGUGGCGUCGUUUCCGGUUGCGGAUAUCUCAGGGAACUCGAAGAGGAAGUCGAUGUUUCGAAGGAUGAGCAUGUCUGCGUCAACGAAGAUGAUCUUGCUGUACUCUGUCAAUUGCCAAAGACGGAACUUGCUGUAGUUCCACUCGUUGUAUGCGUUUGGUUUAGCCUUAGGGUUUCUGAUUCUUUGAAACGCGAGGAUCUUCCAUCCUGCAGAUUCCAAGCCGCUUCUAUGGUGCUCGCUUAUCGAAUCAUCGACGAGUAUGACCAUGUCGCGAGUCGACCCUGACAUUCGAAUGCUCUGCGCUGCUGCGAUGGCUCCACAGACAUAAUCUUGAGCAGAGUGCAAGAUUGUCGCGUAAGCUUCUUUCUUGGCGUUUGAUGAGUAGAAGAUAUCUUUAGCUUGAAGAGGAACAGAGAGUUCACAGGAACCAACAGGAAGCUGUGACUUUUGUCUUAAAUGGUUAAGGUUCGGCUUAUACAGCCAUGUGUUUCCUUGACGGGUUACAAGUUCUCGACCGGUGAAAAGAUUUGGUAUUGGAAAGCAGUCAGAUACGAAGAUCACAUGAACAUCACGAAGACCUUUAGAAGAAGAAGCCACUCGAGCUGCUGCAAGCUGUAGAUGCAACCGAGCCACAUCUCUUGACCACUCUCCUGAUCUGUUACACGGAAGCUUGGCGACAACAAGACUGAGCCGAGGCUUGCCAGGGACUUGAAUCCAAGGAAGAGAAGGACAAAUGGGGACUUGAGAUUCUUCUUCUUCGUCGAUCCAUUCCGGGUACAGAGACUCCCAAGUUACGUUACUUGCUGCGUGGUCUAGAUGCAAAGCUAUAUGUUGACAGUCAGGUUUCAUUACCUCUUUCCAUCGAACAAUCUCGUGGUCGUUGAGAUUCAGAAAGCCGAUUCCUUGGUACUCGCUUCUAUCAGAUAAGUAGUUGUCAACGAUAUGUGAGAUAUGGUUCCAGUUUAUCUCAGCUGUAGAUACAUAGCGAGGAUCAGUGGUAACGGAGGGUUCUUGUAUCCAUUUGGAUCGGUUUUCAGCAAUUAGUAGCGGUGGAGAACGGUAGAGCGUGAACACAGCAAUUGUAAGAAUGAUCAGCACAAGUUUCAGUGUAGAGGAGAUUCGGUUCCAAUAUCUAUAGCCAUGAACAACCUUUUCACUCUGGAAUCUCCUCUUGCUUGUCUUGUUGUUAAAAAAAAGUCACUACUAUGAAUGAUAAUUCUCUGGUCUUUGCAGGAUUCCCGGUGAUGCCGUCCCAUGAGACAUGUGAUCUGAUUUCGUAAACGACGUCGGGGAAUUUAAGUGAAGUCUUGUAAUUUGGGAGUAGUACUUAUCUAUUUGCAAUUAAAAACUAGUUCAGGUAUUUGGGCAAUUUAUUUUUUAUAAAAAACAUUAUUAUGGUAACAUUAGUGGCCAAAUCAAAAGUAACUAUAAUCAGUUUCGUUUGUUUGAAUAGUAUGCUAUGACAUUCACAACUUUAGAGAAAAGCUACUAUUGUUUCUGAUGUUGAAUAAAGUUUUUUGCAUGAGAAGCCAUCUCUCUGCUCAAGCAGCUCUUGUUUAUAAAAAGGAAACUAAAAAGUUGGUGUCGAUAAAAAGGAAAGCCCAAUAGUAUAGGGUUUGUUUUGCAAAAAAACAAAACUCAUUUCUUCGUUUGAGUUUGGUUAAGGAAGAUCUGAAAGACUGAAAAACGAAUUCACCAGCCUUCGUCGUCAACAGUAAUCGACGAGAUCACUCGCCGUAGAUCUGAUCGAACGAGGGUAAUAGUAGCGAAACUUUGCGGUGAAACGAUGGUGCUGGUUACGUCUGUGCGCGAUUACAUCAACCGGAUGCUUCAGGAUAUCUCCGGCAUGAAGGUUCUCAUACUCGACUCCGAAACGGUUAGCAAUGUAAGCAUUGUGUAUUCACAGUCAGAGCUGCUUCAGAAGGAAGUUUUUCUUGUGGAGAUGAUAGAUUCAAUCGCCGUAUCGAAAGAGUCGAUGUCGCAUCUGAAAGCUGUUUAUUUCAUCCGCCCAACUUCAGAGAAUAUUCAGAAACUACGGUACCAGCUUGCGAAUCCUAGAUUUGGAGAAUACCAUUUAUUUUUCUCCAAUCUGUUAAAAGAUACUCAGAUUCAUAUUUUGGCCGAUUCGGAUGAGCAAGAGGUUGUACAACAAGUCCAGGAGUUUUAUGCAGACUUUGUUGCUGGUGAUCCAUAUCAUUUCACAUUGAAUAUGGCAUCAAACCACCUGUAUAUGCUCCCAGCAGUUGUCGAUCCCUCUGGUUUGCAACGCUACUCCGAUCGCGUUGUUGAUGGAAUCGCGGCAGUGUUUCUGGCGUUGAAACGUAGACCUGUCAUCAGAUACCAGAGGACCUCUGAUACUGCGAAAAGGAUUGCACAGGAAACAGCUAAAUUGAUGUAUCAGCAUGAAAGCGGUCUUUUCGACUUUAGAAGGACUGAAAGCUCUCCGCUGCUGCUUGUAAUUGACAGAAGAGAUGACCCAGUUACCCCAUUGCUGAAUCAGUGGACAUAUCAGGCAAUGGUGCACGAACUCAUAGGACUUCAAGAUAAUAAGGUGGACUUGAGAGCAAUUGGAAGUCUUCCGAAAGAUCAGCAAGUUGAAGUGGUUUUAUCAUCAGAACAAGAUGCAUUCUUCAAAUCUAACAUGUAUGAAAAUUUUGGGGAUAUCGGAAUGAACAUCAAGCGAAUGGUAGAUGACUUUCAGCAGGUGGCAAAGAGUAACCAAAAUAUCCAGACAGUAGAGGACAUGGCCAGAUUUGUUGACAACUAUCCCGAGUACAAAAAGAUGCAAGGCAACGUCUCUAAGCAUGUAACACUGGUUACUGAAAUGAGCAAGCUAGUUGAAGCAAGGAAACUGAUGCUGGUUUCACAAACAGAGCAGGACUUGGCUUGCAAUGGUGGCCAAGGAGCUGCAUAUGAGGCAGUUACAGAUCUCUUGAAUAAUGAAAGUGUGUCCGAUAUCGACCGGCUACGUUUAGUAAUGCUGUAUGCUUUGCGCUAUGAGAAAGAAAAUCCUGUUCAAUUGAUGCAACUGUUCAAUAAAUUGGCUUCGCGGUCUCCCAAGUAUAAACCAGGGCUAGUUCAAUUUCUCUUAAAGCAAGCCGGGGUGGAGAAGCGUACUGGUGAUCUAUUUGGAAACAGAGAUCUUUUGAAUAUAGCACGCAACAUGGCUCGUGGACUUAAGGGGGUUGAAAAUGUUUACACUCAACAUCAGCCUCUUUUGUUUCAAACAAUGGAGAGCAUAACCAGAGGGAGAUUACGAGAUGUGGACUACCCAUUUGUUGGAGACCAUUUUCAACAGGGACGGCCACAAGAGGUGGUUAUUUUCAUGGUUGGUGGAACAACGUACGAGGAAUCACGUUCCGUUGCUCUACAAAACGCCACCAACGCCGGGAUUCGAUUUAUUCUCGGCGGCACCGCAGUGCUUAAUUCCAAGAGGUUUCUGAAAGAUUUGGAAGAAGCACAGAGGAUAUCAAGAUCAGGUAGCCAUAUGGUGUGAAGGACCCCAUAGGAUUGCAAAUUAUGUGUGUAUAUCUUCAUCUUUCUUUUCACACCCAAAUCAACUUUAAAUUUACAUUGAAAUUAAGCUUAUCAACACAUGAAUACUAAUGAAAAUAAAGAAACGAGGACUAAAAGAAGCCUCUAGUACUAAGACACAAACCUGGAGGAACACAAGGAGUCGGAGAUGACGUAAUCAGUGCCGGAACAAGUGAAGAUACUGGUCGGAUCAUCGUAAGGGUAACUGUAAGCAGUAGGACAAGCUUGUUUGAAUAUUUUGGAGUAAAAAGUUGGCUGACACACCACAGCCCUUAAACUCCUCUGCAACAAUAUUCAUCUCUAUCGAACACAUCACAAGCACUCCUAAACGAUAUCACUUUUCCGUUUGAUCUCACGGCCGCAUGCACCGGUUUUGCAUGUUCCGGUUCCGGUUUUGUCGAAAUUGGAACCGGUUCGAGACCCUAUAUUCGCCCUGACCAGCCCAGUGAGCCCACUGGUGCGUUGAAGACGAUGGUUUGGCCCGGUUUGAGCUUGUGGAGAUGAUAGAUUCAAUCGCCGUGUCGAAAGAAUCGAUGUCGCAUCUGAAAGCUCUUUAUUUCAGCUUAGUCUGAAAAUUUCGUGUAUCUUGUACUCAUUUGAAAGACGCUUUUGUGUUUCAGAAAUUGAUGUAUCAGCACGAAGGCGGUCUUUUCGAUUUUUAUAUAUGGGCUUUCAAUGGUCCAAAAUUUGACAAUGCCCAAUAAAGACCAAGUCCAGAUGGACAUGCCCAUGGACAGCCC